AAAUAAAUUUGCCCUAAAAAAGUGCACAUUUUUAUACCUACGUCGUUUUAUUAAAGUUGACCUUGUAGCGAGUUGAAUGCCGAAUAUCGAGUGGUGAAUCAUCACAUCACAUCAUCUACUGUAUUUACGCAUACACAGGUAAACAUUUGAGGGCAGGUCCAGCUGAGCAGCUAGGAUGGAGUGGUUGUUCGGGCACCGCAUGACGCCGGAGGAGAUGCUGCGCAAGAACCAGCGCGCGCUGAACAAGGCGGUGCGCGACCUGGAGCGCGAGCGCGCCAAGAUGGAGCAGCAGGAGAAGAAACUUAUCAAUGAUAUCAAGAAGCUGGCCAAGGAGGGGCAGAUGGAUGCAGUAAAGAUAAUGGCGAAAGAUCUGGUGCGCACGCGGCGCUACGUGCGCAAGUUCAUGCUGAUGAAGGCCAACAUCCAGGCUGUCGGCCUCAAGAUCCAGACCCUCAAGUCACAGUCCACCAUGGCGCAGGCCAUGCGAGGCGUCACGCGGGCCAUGGCCACCAUGAACAAGCAGUUGAACAUGCCACAGAUACAGAAGAUACUGCAGGAGUUUGAGAAGCAGUCAGAGAUCAUGGAUAUGAAAGAAGAGAUGAUGAAUGAUUCCAUUGAUGAAGCCAUGGAGGGAGACGAGGACGAAGAGGAGAGUGACGCGGUGGUCGGACAGAUCUUGGAUGAGCUGGGGCUGCAGCUCAACGACACGCUGUCCGGGUUGCCGCAGGCCACGGGCUCGCUCUCGAUAUCUGCGAAAACGCCAGCAUCGCCUCAAGCAGUAGCGGGCGGUUCCGGCGGCGGCGGCGGCGUCGGCGGCGUCGGCGGCGGCGCCGGCGUGGCGGACGCCGACGCCGAGCUGCAGGCGCGGCUCGACAACCUGCGCCGCGAGUAGCCUGCCACGCGCUCC